GCCGCAUUGCAGCUGUAGGGACGGGAACAGGGGCACUGUCCCAAUACUCGUAGUACAUAACGGCCUAACCUUUAAUACCUAAAAUCAAUCGCACAAAAGGCCAAUCGGCUGAGCGAGCUGAGAGGCGACACGGAGUGUAAUAAAUACCGCCUUUAUUGCUGCUGUUUUCAGGGACUUAACACACGUUUUGGAGUUGUUUAAUUAUUUACUUGUGGAACAUAUAUAUAUAUAAGUGUAUGUAUUAUAUAUUUUAUAUACAUGAAGGUAAGCCUGGUCCAACAACAUGUGCACGUCAGUCCAUACAUAAAUGACAAUUUAAGAUACAAGGGUGAUCUAUUGCGAGCCUUUUCCGCCACGCGCGCGUGAGGAGGCUGUGUUGAGCGGUACAUAGUAUGGUGCGCAAGGCACUGGGAAGCCCAGCAGGACGUCGGGGGAGACACAAUACCGCGCCUCGCUUAUGUUUCGUCAACACCACCACCACCAAUACAUAGGCCUAACGUUAGCCCAAUCAAACGUGCCAAGCGACAGUCUACUCUAUGCAAUACAUACAAAAAUGGCGGAUACUGAAAAGGAAGAGGAUGACAACGAACCAGUUGUCAUAAAUGUUGGUGGAACUAUUUUCGAAACAACUUAUGAAACUUUACGACAAGAACCGGACACUUUACUCGCUUCCCUAAGACCUUCCUCCCCGGAAUACAGACCAACCAGAGGACACUUUUUCUUUGACAGGAACCCCGACCUAUUUAACUGUGUCCUGGAUUUAUACCGGACGGGGGAGUUACACCUACCCCACGGAUUUUGUGGCGCUACCCUUAGAACGGAGCUCAAGUUCUGGAGGAUACCGGAGGACAGAAUUGGAAUGUGUUGUCUGCAGACAUACUUCAAAUACGACACGGAUCGCGAGGUACUGGACACACUUCAUGACGCAUUCGAGGCCAAAGUAAUGGACUACAACCCUAAGGAGGCCGAUAGCAGCAAGUGGGUUAAAAUUAAAAGGACCUGUUGGCUCUUCCUUGACCAACCAAACUCAUCACCGGCCGCAAAGGUGUUCAGCUAUUUUUAUCUGGGGAUCGUUGUGUUAUCCGGGGUACUGUUCUGCUGUGGCACACACCCGGAUUUCUUGGAUACGACUUUCGUGCCAAGCAACGCGACUGAUUAUGGCUUUCUUAACCCAGAAAACCCAAAGGAGCUCCUCCUCCUUACAACUCAUCCGACGUUUGCUCUGGAAGUCGGGGGAUGGUUUGUUCUCAUUUUCUUUUCAAUCGAAUUUUUGAUCCAUUUCUUUCUUUGUCCUGUGAAAAAUGAGUUUUUCAAGAGCGGUUUGAAUUGUUUGGAUGGUAUUCUUUUCGUUUGUAUGUGGAUGGUGUUCACCUUUGAAUUCCACAGUGAUAUUGUAUACGCAAAUCGCCAUCUUGGAAUGUUUUACCUCGUUCUGAAGUCGAUGAUGAUCCUACGGUUGUUCCGGUUGCUGCGCCUGGUGAAGCAAUACAGUGCUCUGCGCAUCCUCACGGUGUCCCUCGUGGCCAGCCUAAAGGAACUAGGACUGCUCCUCAUCACCUUCCUCAUGGCCUCUGUGUUCUUUGCAAGUUUCAUCUAUUUCGCCGAGUUCGAGGAACCCACCACUUUUCCCCACAUAUUCAUAGGAAUUUGGUGGGCUGUUGUUACUAUGACAACUGUUGGAUACGGUGACAUUUACCCAAAAUCUACACCUGGCCAUCUAGUAGGUUCCGCAUGCGCAAUAUGUGGUGUGUUAAUUUUAUCUAUGCCUAUUGCGAUCGUUGCAACGAAGUUUAGCAAUUUCAACGACAGAAAUGCAGAGCGUGAAAGGAGUAAAAACUUGAAACCUGCCGACCCCUACACGCCACACGAAUCUCCGAACACCAGCAAACUGUUCCUGACCAAAGUGUCUUCUGUCCUCGAGACUAAGCAGUCCCCGACGUAGGGUACGCUAAACACUAUAAGUAAAUAUUGGCCUGAAAGAAUGCUUCCGAAAACGUUAGUUCAUUUGCAAUUAAAAUAAUGGUGGAUCUUGCCAAAAUAUUAUGUAAUCGUACAGAAUGUUUUUUUAUUGAUAUCAAAUUUGAAUGAAAUACAUGGACCUGUUUUAACAUAUAAAUAUGUCAUAAGCCAGAAUGCUCAAAUAUCCCACUGUUAAUACGAUCGCUAUUACAGAAACUUGUUACUGCUUGCUUUUCUGUCAUUACAUAGUCCUAACUUUUGUUUUAAAAUAUUGACAUGUACUAUCAAACAAAAUCAAAGUAAUUUUUAUUAAUUUCUAUAAAGUUUUUUAUGACACUGUAAUAUCGAAAUGAAGCAUUCUGUACUCAUAAGUUAAAACAACGAAAAACAAACUUCUUGCAAAACGAAAAAUGAAGAAAAUACGACUAAAUGAAGUGAUCAUGAGGGGUGAAAGUUGUGGAAAGUAAUAUCUGCUAUUGAAAGUAUUCACUAUUCCAGAAAGUACUGUUUACUACGGAAAGGCAUGUCUACCUUGAAAGUGUUACCUGUUCAAAAACAGAAGAUGAAUCAGCUGGAACAUUUUUUUUCAAAUUUUUGCAUGUGGAUUUUUUUUCUAUCAAACACAUUUUCACAGUAGAAUUUGACGAGUGAGAGAGAGGGUAGAUUGUUUGUCUUGUUAAGCAUGCAGUAGGAGGUAGUUUCUUCUUCAGCACAAUGUUACAUUUCUAGCUGUAUUGAUACGGUGCAAGUUGUACUCUAGUGUUAAUCCAUCAACAGGUAAACAUUUGAUUACCGUAAAUGUUACAUUUCAGUAAGUGAAAUUUUAAAAACAAUUCCUUCAUAUUUCGGUCUUUAUAACCAAGAAAUUGUGAUCAACAUCAAGAAAAAAUUGGAGGGCAAAUAUUUGACGUGUAAUAAAACCUCGCUAAAUUCUAAAUCGCGUAGUGGAUCACAUGAGGCCAUAGCCCCAAAGUGACGUUAACAAAUUGACAUGGCUUAGCGGGAUAGCGAGAAAAUCAAUACACUGUUUUCAAUCGUCGCUCAAGAGCGCCUUCAUAGAGAAACCAUGACAGACUGGACCAAUGAUCGUGGAACCGAACAAGUACUGGACCAAUGGUCUUAGUGCCCUACUAAGUCUGGACCAAUGGUCUUAGUACUGUACUAAGACUGGACCAAUGGUCUCAGUACCGUACUAGGGAAAGACCAAUGAUCGUGUGACGGUACUCGGGCGGGACCAAUGGUCUUGGUACCGUACUAAGAAAAGACCAAUGAUUGUGAUACGGUACUAGUGCUAGGCCGACCCUCAGAGGUAGCGUACUUGUUUCAACAUGUACUUCUCUUAACACUUUAUAAUUUACGCCCUGGUUCGUCACACGUCCUGCACAACAGUUAAAGUGGUGAAGUUAUUCAUUGACAUUGAUUCGCGACCAUGGUUAAGUCCUGUAUUAGAUCCUUGAUGAAGUUGACUUAAGCAGCCUUAGUAAGUAACCGGAACUUCUUUUGUCUGAACUCAUCGGUUGUUAUCAACUGAUCAAAAUGGCAACUUUCUUUUGCACUUUUCAAAAUGGCAACUUGGAGUACGAAUAGUUUCCGAAAAUUUUAACGCCAUUUUACAUUAUGGUAACGUGACGUCAUUGUUCCGUCCUCGGCGUCAACUUUUCUGUCGUUGUUCAGCUUAAGUUUACGGGAAGCAUUUUUUUCCUAAAUAUAAUAAUGUAUGUAAAAAAAGAUAUGGUGGUAAAAUAACCAAAGCGACAUUACACGAGUAUGUUAUUCUGUCAUAGAAAACACUGUUUAGCUGUGCGGACGUAUACAUAUUCUCGUACGCUUUGUGCGCUCGUGGAUGUAUUCUUACGCGCAAAACAAAAGUGUAAUUAUAAGUGUACUAAUUGAUUUGAACACGACAUUAGAUAGAUCGUGGGCAGGUAGUACCAUACAAUUGACUAACUGUUCAGUUAUUACUUAUUUCAUUUAUUCGGUUUAGUUAAUUCUACUUCAAGUGUAAAUAUCGAUAGCUAUCUAUAUUGCCGCAGAUAUCUCGAAGGAAAGGGGGCGUUGUAUUCUGAUACAAUAAUUUGUCUUAAACUGAAGUAUACCUGCAUCACCCCAAGCAGUAUGCCAUGCCAGGUGUUAAUUAUAUUACAAUUAGGUCGCGGUGAGUGUUAGUGAAGCCUUGUAUGAAAUGUAGAUUUUAAAACAAUUGAAGACUUUUGAUGAAACUUAUACAUACCUGCAUCACCCACAGAGGGCAUGCAGUGCACUAACAUAAUUCUGUUAAAAACAAAUAUGUAGUUGUGGUUGGGACGCCACUUAAGGUAGGGAUCGAACGCGCCUCGCAAGAUAGGAUAAGUUAACUGGGUGCGCUUUGCCAGCUAGGCUAUGUUGGCUGAGGGCUUGACACGGUCAGCGGUGCGUCGACAAGGACGUGUCGCUUGGCUUGAUGCGUCGGUUAGGAAAUGUCAGCUUGGCGUAGUGCACCAUUUAAAUCAUAGGACGUUGGGUGUUAGUGUAUCUACAAACUCCUAGUGUGUAACGUUCGACCCCAUGUGGUGAUAAUAUUAAUGAGUUUGCCGUGUUUGUAUACAUCGGAUAGGCCUAACAAAACGAAUAUAAACAAUGUGCCAGAAUUACUACGAAAACAUUACUAGAAUGCCAGAAAAUGCUAGGCAGUGCGUUUUUAUAUGUCGGAAUGUAGCGAUUGGCUGUUCGGCGUCUUUGACGUUGUGCCAAACCAUCAUUAUAGGAACAAUAUAUAUAGCCCAGCUUUUAUUAUGAGAAAUAAUAGUUUCUUCAGACUUGAAGCUAUGCAUUACGAGUACGUCUCUAAAACUUAGUCUGUUCUCCAUCUGUGAGAGCUAAAGGCAUUAUCGCAGGAGGCCGGGUCCAUUACAACACAGAUCCUAAGGUCUCGCGAGACUUUGACAUCACCACGGCCGCGACAGGGAAAUAUGGGAGCGCCUUGAAGUUAAUCUUUCUCUAUAUCAAUAGAGCUGUGUGCAGACUCCGAUAAUUUUGUGACUGCAAGUUUUGGUAAUUUAGACCGUCGUACGCGAACGGCUUCCUCGGUACACUCUUGGGUCAAUUUCUGAAAGUCUGUUGCAUUUGUCUUCUUCUGGAAAUAGAAGGACGAGUGGCAGACAGCCACAGAAGGAAUCAAUAUAUUGACUGUCAUAGUGGAGCUAGUACGCGGCGUCCCGACCCAAUGUAGCGCUCAGCGUGGGGACUCAGUCGAGCUUUUAUUUUUAUUCAAAAUAUUUACAAAUUACAACUGGAUAUUUUAAGGGGAGUAAGAAAGGAGCUCACUUUAGAAAAAUUGAAAACCGUAUUAACCGAAAUGUGCGAAUCGCUAAUCCGUACGAAAUAAUGCGUAUGUUUAGCGGACAAUAUUUUUGUUUAAGUUACUGCAGUUGAAAUGCAUUGCAAUAUGGUAAAACAGUAUCUCUCGAAACAAAAGUGUUAUGUGGCGUGCACAUCAUAAUGCUUACCCUGGCGUUCUAUUCGGUACACGUGCUCAAGAAGUCCCGCUAGAGGGAGCAGUGCGUUCUAUCAAUUUUCUUUUUUAACGAUUGGCUGGUAAAUUUGGCGUGUUUGACGUAGUGCCGAGUCGAGUGACCAUUGUCCAUGCCAACACUAAUGUCCACUGGGUAUUUCUUUGUAUUGGUUCGAGCUGAAACACGAUAUUGGCUGUCCGAGGCUGAUACGAACCCUGACAGGUCAGGCACGAGACGUCGGGCCGGCAGCGUACAGGCAGGACCGACACUUACCGCGAAUACGGCUUCGGACAGACAAAGCACGGUACCACAGGCGGAGGCAAUUCUUUGGCCCCGGACAUUACAAAAACAUGCAUGGUAUCGUGUAUUCGGUCUUCAUAUUACAAAGAAACUGUCACGCAUAUAUGCUCUGGGGCUCGGGACAUAAGUACUGCGGGCAGGGUCUAUUCGACAGCUACCUCUUGGCUCCGUUCGGCGGCUUCGAAGUGCUGCGCAUACUAGCUGUAUGCUUGGGGGCUUCCGAUGAAUACUAGAGAUAGAGUUUGUUAAUGUCCAAACGCUGUUAACUUACCUCGAUUUCUUGAAGGUGUGACGAAAUUGUUCUCUAUUUCAGCGUUAUAAUAAAUGGCCUCAUCAGCCUACUUUGCGCUAGUCUCCUGGGCCUUUAAUUACAAAUUCGUCACGUGCCUGCUACAUUUGUCCUUAUAGUUAUAUAUAUAAAGCUGUCAGUUUAUGAAGUUAUUUCACAUUUUGUGUAAAACGGUAUACUUUAAUUUAUUAAAUUCCUUGAUUUUUUUAUUUGAACCUUGACCUAGGCGAUCGUGUGCUUUGCUCAUGGUGACGUGCCACGUUGAUAGUGCGUGUUGACGUCGUUGUCGUGGUUACGGACGUGUGGCGUUCCAUGUAGGUGAUGUCUUUGCAACUUUGUAAACAUGCUCAAUUUGAACCACAGAAUGUUGACUGUAAUUAAGACAUUUUUGAUUAUGCAAAUUUAUCAAGUGUGCAAGUGAUAGGGUUUUACUCAGGAACUGUGAGAUGUCUUGUUCAUAUGAAUGUUCUAAGUGAUGGAAAGAAGUUUUCCACGAUUGAAAUCAAAAUUGAAAUAUCUGUACGAUAUAUAACAGAUCGAGAUAAGCAUUAUCUAGUCGCUCUUUUGUAUUAAUUGCCAAAUGAAAAAUAUGAAAUUUGUAUUUCACCUCAACAAAUGUAAAAUUAUCCGUAUUCGCUAACUCGAAAUCGCGAUAUUGACCAUUUGUUAUCGAGAAUAAGUGUGUAAGCUUUGUCUGUGGACGAGAUGACUAGAGUUUUGAUUUGAGUCGUGGAGACACGUCACGUUAUGACAUCACUUCCUGUCUGUAUAUAUACUCAUACCAAUAUAUGCACCACCAAAUGCACUUGUACAUAGAUAUAAAUAUAAUAUGUAAUUAAUGUUUACUGAAUUUGAAUGCAAAAUUUAAACGUCUUAAACGUUUAAAGCUCAAACUUAUGCAAAUGUGUGUCACGAUUUUAUCCAAUGACUUUAAUAUAAAACAUGUCUGUCUUACCAAUUUUCGAAUAUCCACAUUCCACACUAUCAUUAGCAUAGGUUAACCAACAUCUAACACUGACCCAUCAAACAACCAAUCUCUUACACUGACCCAUCAAACAACCAAUCUCUAACACUACCCCAUCAUACAACCAAUCUCUAACACUGACCAACCAAACAACCAAUCUCUAACACUGACCCAUCAUCAUACAACCAAUCUCUAACAUUACCCCAUCAUACAACCAAUCUCUAAC